UUGAGCUUGAAGUGCUAAGAAUGAGAAGUCAGUUCUGUGUUAGUUUUGUAGUUAUUUCACUUUUGAACUCAGGUUUUAGUGAGCGUUCUGUUAGAAAGAAACGGUACGUCUCGUUUCCUGAAGGGAGUACGUUUACGUUUGCUUUCUGCAUGACCUUGAAAGCCAUGACCUACGAUGACAUUGAUAUAUUUUCGGAAGCAGUUGCUGUAGCGGUCAACUAUGAUCUCCCCAGCAAUGUCACUCAGCUGCCAUUUGCAGUGUUGCCAACUGGUGCAGCCAACAUACCGCCCACCUAUCAAGCAAUGUUGCCAAAUGGUGCAGCCAACAUACCGCCCACCAAUAAUGCAAUGUUGCCAAAUGAUGCAGCCAACAUACCGCCCACCUAUCAAGCAAUGUUGCCAAAUGGUGCAGCCAACAUACCGCCCACCUAUCAAGCAAUGUUGCCAAAUGGUGCAGCCAACAUACCGCCCACCCAUCAAGCAAUGAUGCCAAGUGGUUCAGCUAAUGUACCGCCCACUUAUCAAGCAAUGUUACCGGAUGGUGCAACUCAUAUACCACCUACAUAUCAACUGCCAAUCAAUGAUUACCACCAAGAAGUUUAUCAUAGAUACAGAUCGGCAAGAGCUGAGAGAGCACUCAUUUAUCAGAAAGCUGAAACAAUUCUGGAGAAGAUUGGUAUGGACGGCAAAUCAUGUGUGAUGCGAUCCUUGUGUGAAGCUGUUCAUUUUUUACCUGACAAACAAUCACUCAUUCACAGAAUAAUUGCACUCAUAUUCACGUUGCCAACAGACCUGAUGAAGAGUGAUGAGUCACCCGAAAUAUGGAAAUACAGAGCGGCUCAAAUCAGCGGUCAUCAACUCCAGAAUUGUGAACAGCUAUUUCCAAGGUGUCCUAUCUCGUUGCUAGCUUUAGCACUAUCUCUACGACCCGGCCAUAAAUUAGUUGAUUAG